AUGCACGUGCGCUCGCUGCGCGCCGCGGCGCCGCGCGGCUUCGUGGCGCUCUGGGCUCCGCUGUUCCUGCUGCGCUCCGCCCUGGCCGACUUCAGCCUGGACAACGAGGUGCACUCGAGCUUCAUCCACCGGCGCCUCCGCAGCCAGGAGCGGCGCGAGAUGCAGCGGGAGAUCCUCUCCAUCUUGGGCUUGCCGCACCGCCCGCGCCCCCACCUCCAGGGCAAGUACAACUCCGCGCCCAUGUUCAUGCUGGACCUGUACAACGCCAUGGCGGUCGAGGAGGGCGCGGGGCCCGACGGCCAGGGCUUCUCCUACCCCUACAAGGCGGUCUUCAGUACCCAGGGCCCCCCUCUGGCCAGCCUGCAGGACAGCCACUUCCUCACCGACGCCGACAUGGUCAUGAGCUUCGUCAACCUCG